AUGAGCGACAACGAACAACAAAAAUCCCGCCCGCAAUCCCCAGCAUUCGCUCCUCAGCCUGCACGCUCUCAGUCGCGUCAGCGCCGUGGACGCAGCCGCACUCCCCGUAGUCAAUCUAUCGGUUCCGAAGCCAGCAUGGAGGAGGCACCCCCUCCUCAGGCUCGUCGAAGGCGCCGUGGUGGCCAAGGCGGACAGCAACAGGGUGGCGGUCUCCCUGCCGUGGGUGAGGUCGACGAUCUCGGCAACACAGUGGGAGGAGCAACGGAUUCCGUUGGUAAGACCGUUGGCGGCCUCACCAAAGGCCUCGGCGGUCUUACUGGCGGCGGCGGCGGAGAAGAAGAAGAGGAAAGUGGCGAAAAGAAAGAUACUCUCAAGCUGCGACUAGAUCUGAACCUUGAUGUCUGGGUGGAACUCAAAGCCAAAGUCCAUGGUGACGUCACGCUCUCACUCUUGUACGUGCUCGCUACCUUCCCAUUGUUCCAUUGCAAGCUGAAUCCUGGAAACAGGAGCUGA